CCACCAUAUAAAACAGAUUUUCACUUCUUUCUACUCUUAUGCGAAUAUCUACAAAAAUCGAGUAUUACAAAAUGGCAAGUAGUAAAUUGACAACUCAACUCUUAUUAUUUUGUUCAAAUCCCUAUCUCGUUGCUUAAUUUGAACAACAGUAAGUGUUAGCGACAUUGUUAACAAUACGUUAAACAGCGACUGUUAUUCUUACAACACAUUUUUCAAAUGCCACCUCUACCGCCAUUUUCUCUGCCAUCUAUGAAUGUUUUGCCACCUCCUCCUACAGUUUUAAUGUCAAAUAUCCCUCCUCUUUUACCCCCUGGAACAGCCAUGCCACCUAAUUCUCAUCAUCCAAAUGGUUCUGUUUCGUCUUCGCCAUCUCCUUUACCCACCAUUAACGUGAUGGCUUCAUUGGAAAAUCAAAUUCAUAGUAACGUAGACAAUUCAGUUAGUAAUCAAUCUGAAACUGAAGCCAUUGAAAUUUCAGAAUUAAUAGACACGAGUGAAAAUGCAGCUGAAAUUAAAUUGCCUCCAGCCGUAGAAAAAGUGCUUGCUCUCAAAACUGUUAGAGCACAAGAAUAUGGAAUCGAUCCUGAUAUUGUUCUAUCCCUAAAUGUAGAGAGAAGUCAAGUUUCUAAAACAUCUGUGUUAAAUUUGAUAUCUGUGGACGAUGAGGAUAAUGUGGAAGAGAGGGAUGCUUUUCAAAAGCAAAAGGAUUCUAAGAACAAACGACGCAAGAAAAAAAAAAAGAAGAGCCAAAUUAAAAGGCAGGAAUAUCCAUUGUUAGAAUUUCGAGAUAAGCAUUCGCGGAGAGACUCUGGUGUUGAUGUCGAUAUAGAAUAUGUUCAAGAGGUAAUUGAUACUUCUGACCCAUUAUAUAAGCAGUUUAUUACAACAUUUGAGAAGUUCAAACUAAAAGAAAACGAAGAAAUGGUCGCAGACGCUGGGAAAAAUGCACUUAAUGAAAUGUUUAAUUCUAUAGAUCUAAGAAAGAAACCAGCUUACUUUGAUGAUGGCAUACUUGAAGAAGAAAAGCCAAAGCUUUCUAAAAAAAAACUUAAAAAGUUAAGCCGGAUGUCUGUCGCGGAGCUUAAGCUAAAAGUGAAUCGUCCAGAAUUGGUUGAACUGCACGACGUCACAGCUAAAGACCCUGUUCUUUUACUACAUUUGAAAGCAUCUCGUAAUACUGUGCCAGUUCCUCGCCAUUGGUGCUUCAAACGUAAAUAUUUACAGGGAAAGCGAGGUUUUGAAAAACCUGCGUUUGAAUUACCUGACUUUAUUAAGCGAACUGGCAUAAUGGAAAUGAGACAAGUCCUGCUGGAAAAAGAAGAACAAAAAACUAUGAAGGCUAAAGUGAGGGAAAGUGUGCGACCGAAAUUAGGCAAAAUUGACAUUGAUUAUCAAAAACUUCAUGAUGCUUUUUAUAAAUGGCAGACAAAACUGAAAAUGACUGUUCAUGGUGACUUGUACUACGAGGGAAAAGAAUUUGAGACUAGAUUGAAAGAGAAAAAACCUGGCGAUUUAAGUGUGCAUCUAAGGAUUGCCUUAGGAAUGCCCACGGGGCCCAAUGCAAACAAAUGCCCGCCUCCCUGGUUAAUUGCUAUGCAGCGUUAUGGACCCCCUCCUUCUUACCCUAACCUGAAAAUAUCCGGACUGAACGCACCUAUCCCAGACAGUUGCUCCUUUGGUUACCAUGCAGGUGGUUGGGGUAAGCCUCCUGUCGACGAGACUGGCCGACCUCUCUACGGUGAUGUGUUUGGUAUGCUCAUAUUAGACAACCAGCCUCUCAAUCAAGAGGAAAAGAUUGAUCACACUCUGUGGGGUGAACUCGAAUCAGAGUCUUCAGAAGAAGAGGAAGAAGAAAAGGAGGAUGCUAAUGAUAAGGCUGAAGACGGGACUGGAUUAGUCACUCCAGCUGAGGGUCUUAUCACCCCUAGCGGAUUUAGCUCGAUUCUAGCUGGAAUGGAAAGACCUGAUACAAUUGAACUUCGUAAGAGGAAAGUAGAAGUGGAAUUGGCAGGUGGUGAAAUGCCUACUCUUUAUACCAUAUUAUCAGAGAAAAAGACAGAGUAUGUUAGUGCGACUAUGAUGGGAUCGACCCAUAUUUAUGACAUAGCUGCCGCGAUUCCGGAUAGUAAGCUAAAAGCAUCUGGUAUUGCGCCUGUUCUGCCUCAAGGUAUUGAAGUAGCUUUAGAUCCAAGUGAAUUGGAAAUAGAUACUGCUGCUAUGGCUGCAAGGUAUGCGCAGACAAUGAGAGAACACCAGUUGCAGUUGCAAAAAGAAGGUUUGAGCGAUAUGGUGGCUGAACAUGCUGCUCGUCAGAAAAGUAAGCGCAAGAAACAACUUGAUAGUGCUAAACCACCAAAAAAGUACAAAGAAUUCAAAUUUUGAAUUUUCAUGUGAUUUGGAACUUUAAGUUCUAUGUUUUUCCUAUAGUUGAAUUUGUGAAGGUACCGCCAAACGGUAGUAAAUUCGGUCUGGAUAGGCCCCUGUAUUUCUUCUUAUUUAGCUUAAAGCUGUACAACGUGCAUUAGCGGGUUACAGGCUCUAGCCCAGAAUUAGUUAUAUUUUCAAAGAUGAGUUAUAUUACUGCAUCGCUUCCAACUAUUAUGGAUUUUCCAGCAGGCUAAUGUAUUUUGUCAGUUUCUCCUAGUCUGCUGUUUCAUUUAAAAUUUUACUCAUAUUUGUAAAUUUUUGAAAAUUCCAUAAAUUCUCAUAAGUUUCCUAAAAAAAAUCCUUAUUAAAAUAGCAUUUUUGUACAGAUUAUUAGAUGCUAAAAUAUUUAACUAAGUAUACAUAAUAAGGCAAACCUCAUUUAUAGAAAUAUGUUUUAUGUUAUUUAUAGCAAAAAUCCCUAAAAUUCUCUCUGUAAAACAUUUAGUGCAUUGAAUUACAAUUAUAAAGUUUGUUGGACUUUUUCCUAUCCAUAUGUUGGCAGCUAUGUCAUUAUCAUGUCAUAAUUCUAACAAAGAGAGUACAGGACUUGGGAAAUUGACUUUGUUAUGAUUAGUAAACCUUUAAGAUGUUUACUCCUUAAAAUAAUAAAGUGCUUAGUUAGCUUA